UUUUAUUAUUUUGUUAAUAAAAAGUUUAAUUUACGUAAUGGAUUCAACAAACAAAGACCCCAAAGGAUCUUCCAAUUAUCUGUAUAACAAUCAAGAGCAAGCAGACAUUCAUUUUAUUGUUGGAAAUAAAAAAGUUCGACAUCGAAUUCCAGCUCAUAAAUUUGUUUUAUCCGUUGACAGUGAUGUAUUUAAUAAAAUGUUUUUUGGUAGUUUACGAACAAAUUCUAAAGAAAUUAAGAUAUCUGACAUAGAACCAGCUUCAUUUUUGGCAUUACUUGAUUUUUUCUAUACAAAAGAAGUACAAGUAAAUGUAGAAACAGUGAUGAGUACUUUUUAUGCAGCAAAAAAAUAUAAUGUUACAGAAUUAAAAAAUCAUUGUAUCGAGUAUUUGAAAAAGAAUUUAACCAGCGAUAAUGUGUUUUUUUUGCUAAAACAAGCUCGUCUAUACGAUGAACCAGAAUUAGCAACAUUUUGUUUCGAUAUGCUUGAUAAAAAUAUAUCAGAUGCAUUGGUUUCUAACAGCUUUACGGAUAUAGAUUUGGAUACUUUGAUUGCUGUAUUAGAACGUGACACACUACAAGUCUUCGAAUCGAAAUUAUUUCAAGCAAUUAUAUAUUGGUCAAUAGCUGAAUGUGUUAGAAAACAAUUGCCAGUAAAACCAGAAAAUCAACGUUUUGUUUUAGGUUCAGCACUCGAUUUAAUACGUUUCUCAUUAAUGACAUUUAAAGAAUUUACAAGUGGGCCAAUGCGGAGUGACAUAUUAGACUAUGAUAAAAUUAAAAAAUUUUCUUUAGAUAUAGCAUCAAAUACCAAUUCUACGGAGAUACCUAGAUGCAGUAAUAAAAGAUCGUUAGAAUGUCAUUUAAAAUUUAUUUGUAAACAACACAAUUUGCCGCCGAAUCAGCAGACAUUAUUUAAAGAUCAGUUUAAGUUUAUUCGGCCUGGAGUUAUUGUUGGCAUCGUGUUCUACGCAAAUAUGAUAAAUUAUAAAUCAAAUGUAACGUUAACAUUGAUAGAUGAAAAAGAAGGCACGAUAUGUUUUCGUUCCGAAAAGUGCUUCGAUACUCCUAAGUUAUAUAUUAUUUUAGACACAUUUUUACCGAUUAUGUUUAAUAGACCAAUUAUGAUCGAUCCAGAUAAUAGUUACAGGAUUGAAGUUCAAAUUGAGAAACGUGAUGUCUUGGCAUUAAAUAAGCGCAUGACAUCGAAUGGUUUCAUUUUUGGAAAUGAUGGAAAAUUGUUAAAUAAUAGGAGACCUGCCGAUUAUUUCUCAUUUAGCAGUUGUUCUGGUAUUAUUUCAGAAAUAAUAUUUUUCAUGUAA